UUCAGAUUAUAUCCCAUCCAGACAUGCCUAAGAAAUUUUCAGGGAUAUUUUUCUUAGAUAGUACAUGGCAGAUUGUCCCUACAGAUUGGCUAUGUAGUGACAAACGUCAUAAAAGAGUUUGGUGGCCUUCACAGGGUAAUGUCACUGAUUUGGCUAGAAAUGAGACUCCUAUAGGAGACCAGUGGACGCUCCACGCAUACCGGAACAUAGCGGUUGCUUCAGAUGAUUUUGAGCGAGCCGAGCAGAUGAUUCUCCUAGGGGAAGCUCCGUCAACUUCAUCAGAAACGGAAGCCUGCAGUCCAAGGACCAUGCAACAUCUCAGAAGGUCGUCUGGCGCGUCCCAGCGCUCGGCUGCACAGCCCACUUCUCCAGCAACUCCUAGACUGAAGGCACGGGACGCUUCAGCUACCGCCGCGCGUUCGUCAGUUAAGAGGAAAAGCCCCCGUUCUCAUUCCGUGAAGACCACAAUACUACAAGAGGGGGUCAAGAGAAGACUACUCCAAGACGUCGGUCGACAAGCGGAGUCUGAUUCUGAUGAAGAGGAGGCAUCAGAUGGCAGGCGGCUUCAGAUGGUGGACACCGCUGAGUUUGUCCCAUCAUGGUGA